AUGUCGACCAACAAACUAAGCAUCCCAGAUUUCGACGACAUAUUCAAACAAAUAAAAAUCAACUUCUGGCUUAUUGGCAUUCCUUACGGGAAAAAUAUAAAACUGCAUUAUUACAUACUGAUGACUAUUAUUAUCGUUAUGACAAUACAUGAAUUUCUCUUUUUCACAUCGAAAUUCUCUGCUGAAAAUUUCCUUCAGUUGACGCAAUUGGCUCCCUGUACGUGUGUUGGACUACUGUCUUUUAUCAAAAUGGCCUUGAUAUGCAAUAAAAGAAACAGUAUUUUCAAAGUCACAAAUAGUCUAAAGGCUCUAUAUAAAGAAGUCCUUAAUGACAAUAAGAAGAUACACCUCGUGAAGGCGAAUUUUAUAUUUCUCAAGUACCUAACAAAGUAUUUCUUCAUUUUAAAUGGUAUACUCAUAAGUUUUUAUAAUUUUUCUACAGUUUUUCUAAUUGUUUAUCAUUAUUGGAAGAAAAACGAAGUGCAGUUUAUUUUACCUUAUGCUAUAAUGGUCCCAUUUACAAUUGAUUCUUUGCCCAGGUGGUUAAUUGUUUAUCUAUUUUCAAUAUCAAGCGGUUUUAUUUGUGUACUGUAUUUUACUACUGUCGAUGGAUUAUAUUUCAUUAUGACUACACAUAUCUAUAGUCAUUUUACAAUUUUGAGUGAAGAAAUAAAAGAACUGCAACCAGAUACAAGCCAUUUAUUGAAACAAACUGUAAGAAAGCAUCAAUACAUUCUGAAAUUGUCUCAAGAUUUGGAGGAUAUAUUUACAGCACCAAACUUAUUUAACGUCUUAGUGGGAUCUCUUGAAAUAUGUGCACUGGGUUUUAAUUUAACGAUGGGUGAGUGGGCACAAAUACCAGGAGUGAUUUUAUUUUUGUUGUCUGUACUACUACAAAUACUCAUGAUAAGCGUUUUCGGGGAAAACAUCAUGCGAGAGAGCUCCAAAAUUGGCCAGUCUGCAUAUAUUUGUAAAUGGUACAAUAUGGAUCAAAAAUCCAAAAAGAUAAUCUUACUUUUAAUGUUAAGAUCCAAUAAACCGCAGAUGCUAACCGCGUAUAAGUUUUCAGUAAUUUCCUACCAGAGUUUCACAAAGAUUAUAAGCACAUCGUGGUCGUAUUUCACAAUACUGCGAACUGUUUACAAGACACCCGAAUCAAAUUUUAAUGAAUAA